AUGCACCUGCGACAAUGGAAUUUUGUCGAAACUACCACUUCGGGCCAACCGGUUUUACGUGAGAACGAGAAAGAUAUAUACGUGGAGCACGCAGUUGGCUGCUACCAAGGAAAAUCUAAGAUAUUAGGAAGACAGAAGGGAAGGAUAUACCUUACUUCGCAAAGAAUAAUAUAUAUUGACGACGAAAGGCCUACCUUUAACUCAGUAUCGCUAGAACUGGAUGACAUUUCAAGCGUAGAGUAUUCAUCUAAGUUUUUGAGGAAGUCUGCAAGACUGAGUAUCUUUCUCAAAGAUUUAUCGUUCGACGCUAAUGAUUCUCCCACUGGCCCAAUGGCCCUCGAAAACAAGACCAUUUGGAGCUGCCCCAUUUGCGGUUCUCAAAAUGAAACUCUUGCUAGCUUGUCAAGCAGUAAUAUCUCAUCGUUUGCUUGCUCAAAUUGUGGGAUUGUGCCGGAUUACAACAUGAUCGAAAGUUCCGUUGCGCCGCCAAGUUCGAUAAAUACUACGCCAAUUGAAGAUCAUCAAAGCUCAAAUACCGAAGAACUUGAAUGCGCUGCGUGUACAUAUCUCAACCACCCGUCGUUAAGAAAUUGCGAGAUUUGCGGCACGAGGCUUCCUAUUGAAAAUGCGGAGGACGGAGCUCCGCGAUUAACCGACAAGAGAGUCAAAAUAGAGCUAGAAACAAAGGAUGGUCUUACAGAAGGCGAACCUGUUUUUGUACAGCUAAGUUUUCGCAUGUCUGAUGGUAUGCUUUUAUCUCAAACUAUUUCAAAACUACUUGAAAGUCAACAACGAGAAAAGACUCAAAAGGUUUACAACAAAGGCGUAACCUUAGUCAAUGGGCGAAAUGUUCAACCAAAGCGACUUGAGAUCUUUGAUUUGGAAACUAAACUUAACCGCAUAGGUAUUGCAAGUUUGGAGAAAUCACAAGAGAAUCAAUUGAUCAAUAACGACAUAAUAUUAGGAAACGCCUUGUCAGAUCUGAACAAUUUAAUGGCACUGGCAUCUGAUAUAGAAAAGCUUUACAACACAAAGCAAAGAACAGAAUCUCAAAAAAAGGCGCCUUUGCUUAUUGUUGAUAGGGAGAAGUUUUUAACCAAGGAUUUGUUUAUUAACGAGAUAUCAAGAGAGCUGCAUAGUUUCAUAAUGACCGAGUUUCAGGAGCAGAAGAAGGCUGAAGGGGUUAUUUUGGUUUCGCUCGUUGAUAUCUAUGCCCUAUACAAUAAAGCGAUGCGCAUCGGUUCAGGGUUAAUAUCUCCCCAGGAGUUGCGAGAGGCUUGCAAAAAAUUUGACGAGUUAGGCUUGAGUGAGCUUCAGCUCACUAGAAUAAAUGGCCGUGUCUUGUGUAUAUCAUCGGGAGACUCCUUUGGUUUCAUCAAGAAAAAAAUACUUGACAUCGUCAAUACGACACCUGGUGCGGAUUUACUGGAAUUGAGCCAGCAGUUGAAUGAUAACAAUGCUAACUCAUGGACUGUAGGAAUCAUUAUGGAGGCGCUCAACAACUGUGUCAAUGAGGGACAGCUACUAGUAGACGAACAGAUCACCGGGGUUCACUAUUAUGUAAAUUUUGAUUGGAGAAUAUAA